UUACGAGGAUGUAAAUUGGAAAAGUACACAUUCCUCUCCAUUUAACUGUUCAUGCUGAUUAACUACAAAUUUUGUAUUUAUUCCUCGUGAUUCGCAACGAAACAGAAGCACAAAUGGAACUCACUCAUCUCGCUUUCGUUAUAAUUAUAUUAAGGUUUCAAACAAGCUCCCCCCAAGGAACCCAAGGAGUUACGUUUCCAAAUGCGGUCCAGUUUCCAUUCGGCGGCCCGUUUAUGGGGUUAUUUUUAGCUAUUGCAAUUCCGUUAGAGCUUCCUAAAACGAACGUAUAUUUGUCGUACAAUUUUGAAGCAAACUAUAACAUACCAGAAAAUGAAACAACUUACGACUACCCCCCAAUAAUUUCGGACCGAUCAUUGGGAAUAAAUAGAAAGAAUGUGUAUGACGCCUUGGAGUUUAAAAUUAAUUCACACGGAUAUCCUGGAAAGGAAUGUUUACUGAGGACUAUUUGUGAAGUGUCAGAGUAUGACCUCAGCGGAAAUGGUGUAUUAGGGGAUAUAGUUCAUGUGAUUCUAUCGCCAACAUCUUCAAAGAAUGAAAACUUAUCUCCCGAGUAUGAAGAAGCAGAGAAGGACGGUAAAUCAAGUCACAACUGCGAGAAAUACUCAAAAAGUUGCCCGGUUAGUCUCAUAGGCCUUAUAAGUUGGUUGGAAAAUGCAGACUUUGAUUAAUGGGUGUGAGAAUUUUUGGACAAACUUAUUCGUGUAUUUCGUUUCAUUACAUUAAAAACAAUACGGCGCAAUGAACAGAAUUGACCCAAACAUUUUAUUACCCAAAUACUUAUUACAUAUGCAUUAACAGAUUGUUCAGAAUGUGAUUUCUAAUUAAGCAAUUCAUGCCUGGGAAAAAUUUUCCGUUGCGUUCCAUGUGUGUGCCGAAUGCAAUGAGCUAAACUUAGCUUACAGAGAGAGAGAAAGCAAUGUAUCCUAUCUCUAACGUCAAGAUUUUCAACUUUAAACGUGAAAACUGAACUGUCAAAGGUCCCGUUUCCUAUACGAAACUCAGAAGGUUCACCGUUCAAGAAUUGGAUCAAGGGAUAAUAAAUAAAUAAAUCUGUGACAUGGAUGCUUGGACAUUAGAUAACAGUUGGGAGAACCGGAAUUAACCGAGGCCUAACCAGCUAGGGGAUACCUUUCUUUUCUUCUUUUUUUGUAAUGCGUAUCGUUA